CGCGCAGCUCCCUCCGGACAAGCCAGCACAGGUGAGGCCCCACUCACGUCCCGCUCGGAGUCCAAAUGUUCUCUCCCUGGAAGAGGCCCAUGCUCCUGUCUGUCCAUGAAGACCUGGUGCCCACCACGGCCUCCUUCAGCGCUGACAUGCUCAACAUCACCUCGGAGGCCCUGCUGCCUGUCAACGGGACCCCCGCCCAGGGCGGCAGCUGCGGGCAGGCGGAGGUGCUGGGCUGGCUCAACAGCAUCCAGGCGCCCUUCCUCUGGGUCCUGUUCGUGCUGGCGCUGCUCGAGAACAUCUUCGUGCUCGGCGUCUUCGGCCUGCACAAGAGCAGGUGCACCGUCGCCGAGAUCUACCUGAGCAACCUGGCCGUGGCCGACCUGAUCCUGGCCUGCGGGCUGCCCUUCUGGGCCACCACCAUCGCCAACAACUUCGACUGGCUCUUCGGGGAGGCCCUGUGCCGCAUGGUGAACACCAUGGCCUACAUGAACCUGUACAGCAGCAUCUGCUUCCUCAUGCUGGUGAGCAUCGACCGCUACCUGGCCCUGGUGAAGACCAUGUCCGCCGGCCGGCUGCGCGGCGUGCGCUGGGCCAAACUCUACUGCCUGGUGAUCUGGGGGUGCGCGCUGCUGCUGAGCUCCCCCAUGCUGGCCUUCCGCCACAUGAAGGUCUACCGGGACGAGGGCUACAACGUCACGGCCUGCAUCAUCACCUACCCCUCGCGCACCUGGGAGGUGUUCACCAACAUGCUCCUGAACUUGGUGGGCUUCCUCCUGCCGCUGGGCGUCAUCUCCUUCUGCACCGUGCAGAUCAUGCAGGUGCUCCGCAACAACGAGAUGCAGAAGUUCAAGGAGAUCCAGACGGAGCGGCGGGCCACGGUGCUGGUGCUGGCCGUGCUGCUGCUCUUCGUGGUCUGCUGGCUGCCCUUCCAGAUCAGCACCUUCCUGGACACGCUGCUGCGCCUGGGCGUCCUCUCCGGCUGCUGGGACGAGUACGUGGUGGACGUCUUCACGCAGAUCUCCACCUACCUGGCCUACAGCAACAGCUGCCUCAACCCGCUGGUGUACGCCAUCGUGGGCAAGCGCUUCCGCAAGAAAUCCCGGGAGGUGUACCAGCGCCUGUGCCACCGCGGGGGCUGCGCGUCCCAGCCCAGCCCGGAGAGCUCCAUGGGCACGCUGCGGACCUCCAUCUCCAUGGAGCGGCAGAUCCACAAACUGCCACGCUGGGUGGGGAGCAGCCAGUGAGCAGAGGCCACCAGGGCCACCGUGCCUGGGUGAGGGUCACGGACAGUUGCUCCGGGGAUGUGCCUGGCGAGGGUGGCAGCCACCUCUCGGUGACCCCGGCAGCGGGCCGGUGUCUGCAGACAACAGCAGCAGGGUUCCUGCCGGCCCUGCAGGGAGCGCAGCUAUGAGGAUGGGUGACCCCGUCCACCCGCAAGGCCUCCGUGAACACGACAGCAUUACCGUCUUCCUUGCUCCACCCCUGGGCCCGUCUGCUCCUUCCCAGGAGUGGAGAGGCCUGGGGGCCAGGACAGGGGUGACUGAGCUCUCCUGCCCCCUUGGUGUCCGCCUGCCCCAGCGUGACAGCUCGGAGCUCCGGGAGCACCUGUGCCCGGCUGAGUUCUUGCCUGGGGUCUCUUUCACCCACUCGGCUAGGACUUGGAAGGAGGAUUUCUCCGGUUAGUGAAGGUGGACCUCGGAGAGUCCCUGGUGAGGCCCCGGGGACUCAGGAUUCGGUCCCUCCCCUUGCCUGGGGACAAGGAGACUGUGCCCAAGAAGAACCCAGUAAGCGCUAACCCAGCGCUGCCGUCUGCGCGGCCUUGAGCCCCGCGGGCCCGGGGAGGAGAGAGGAAGCGUGGCCUCCGUCUCAGAGGAGCUCGCAGGUUCGCGUGGGGACCACUGAGCACUUGGCCGCCGCAGGCUGCUCUGCACAGGGCCAGGCAGAGCCCAUGUGCAGCGCAGAGCAAACGCGGAGGAGUCUGGCGCCCCAGCGCCCCGACCACCCCACCCAUCACACAUCCUCUUGUCCCUGCCUCGGUUUCCCCCUCUGUGACACCAGGUGGUGAGGAUUCCAGGAGGGGACCAGCACAGAAGGACUUGGGAAAACAAUGGUGCUACGUAAACGUGAGGUGUCCUUACGCACAGAGAGCAGGGUCCGGGGAGGCCGGAACCCGGAGGGCCAGGAGGCUCUGACCCAUAAAUCCUGCCCGUCCAGCUGCAGACUUUACAACAAGAAGGAGGGCCAGAAAGAUUCCUCCCCCUCCCAGCCUUGCCCCCUGCCGGCCACCGCCCUCUGCCCAGGAAACAUACGCACUUGUAGGUGGAAAAAGGGAAUGGAGUGAGAAGGAGCGACCGUUCAGUGUUAGCGUGAAGCUAAGCCACGCACGUACUGCGAGUGGAAGGGAAGGAGGCCGUGCUUGGCCAUGUGUGGCCCCCACGUGUCCGUGGGUGGGCGGUGGUCGAAGGGGCUCCUGUGAGCAGAGCCGCGUCACAGCCCGGGCCCCUAACGGACAGUUAGACCACGUGUGGUCCGAGCAGCGGUCAUUCUACGGGAGGGAGCCGCCCUGAGGGUCGUGUUGCUACCUCGCUAAAGAACCUCUGUCCCGCUAAAGAACACCUGUCCCCACUAAAGAACCUCUGUCCCGGGAAAGCCCCCGAGAGCUGUUGGUUUGUAAGGAGGCGCAUUUCACAUACGAGGAGAGAGGGGUGGACAGUGUGAACGUGUCUGUUCUGUGCCGUAAUAAAUGGAGGAGUGUUUGCA